AUGGCAGCCAUGAUGACCCGAAAUGCGGCCGGUGUCUUCCCUCCUAGAAAGGCCGGACAGACGGAUGGGGAUCUCCGCAAGGAACUCAAUGCGCGUAAUGCCCCACGUGACUCCACAAUUCUUACACGCACGGAAUUGGAUAUUAUUCGUGAUAUGAUCGCCGGUAAGAAUAUUAUGACGACACUCAUAAAGAGUACAGUACGGAGUCGUACUGAAGCGGCUGAAGAGCGUAAACGACGUAUGCAGGAAUUUGAUGAUGAACGACGUUUACACGGUGGUGGCGAUAAAUCGCUUGAGGAUAUUGAAGAAGAACAACAACGACGUCUUCACUUGGAUCGUGCAAAGGCCCUUAUUGAUGAGGAAUUUGAAGAUGUAAAAGCUAUGAACAAUAUUGUGACAGAAGUAAAGUGUAUCGCCGUUCGUGAUGCGCAGAUGAUGGAGAAAAAACGUCGUAAAGAAGAAGAAAAAGAAUAUGAGCGACAAAUGGAUGAAAUGAUGGUAUUAGAGGCUAAUAAAGCCCAACACAUAUACGAAGAACGUGAACGUCACCAAAAAGAAGGAUGUAAGAAGAAUAUAGCUGUAAUAAAAGCACAGCUAGAGGAUCGUGAGAUGGACCGUAUACGGAAACUAGAGGUACAGCAACAGGAGCAGGAGGCAAUGGUGCGUCAUAUUGAACGUUUGCGUGAAGAAGAGGCGGCGGAAAAAUUACGUCGACAAGAAGCAGCCCGACGCCUCAUGGAAGACGCUGCUCUGGCGAACGCCGAACAGAUUCAAUUGAAAAAACGUCAACAGGAACUGGAGUUAGAGGAAGACAAACGUGUAAUGGAGUACGUUAAGCAGAAACAGGAGCGUGAGCGUCUGUUGGCUGAGGAACAGCAACGUAUUCGGGACGAGAAGGAGCGAGAGGUAGCCAGACUGCGGGCACAACAACAGCGUGUGCAGGAUAAGCAGGCACAGCUUGAUGAGAUACGUGCUCGACGGGCCCAAGAGGCGUAUGCGCGGGAGAUGAAGCGUAAAGAAAAGGAACGUAAAGAACAUGAACGUGCCGUGUUGGAUGAUCUUGCACGUGCGCGGGAACAACAAAUGGAGGAGCGCAAACGCAUAAAGGAGGAACAGCGCCGUCAAGAGAUUGAAGAAAUGGAACACAUUGUCGCUGUGCAGAAACUCGCCCUCGAACAGGAGCGGGAGAGAAAAGCAAAAGCCCGACAACAACAAGAAGAAAACUCAUUGGCGGUCCUUCAACAAAUUAUGGAAGUGGAGGAGCGUCGCCGUCGCGAGAGACAAGAGUACGUGGCUGAGGGACAUCACGCAAUGAUGCAAAUACGAGAACAUGAGGCUGCCAUUGAGGCAAUACGACAGAGGAAACUGCGGGAACUGCAAGAACUUGGUGUACCGGAGGAGUACUCAAAGGCAUUAUUGAAAAAGGUAAAGAGAAGAGGAGUCGCCUAA